AUGAGGUUCUCCGUCAUCCCUGUCGUCCUAUUUCUCUUCGCUGCCACUACCUCCGUUCUCGGCCAAGUUGACGGCAGUGUCGAGUUGGACGACCUCUUUGGACGCGACGUCCUUUCCGAGGGCGGCGACCAGCUCGAGGCACGCGACGUGCACAACAACAUCGCGCUUGCCCUGCGCGAGCUGGACGAAAUCCGCCAGAGGAGCUUGGAGCAUGCAUUCUACGUAAGGCGCUCCAUCGAACAGCUCGAGCGCCGGUCAAGGUCCGCGUGCUAUGCUGCGUGCGCCAAGCAGUACACCGGCCAGAACAAGAUCAACUGUAUGAGGAGGUGUGAUGCGAUCUGGAAGUAG